AUGGAGCAGAGGAACCAGAGUGGGAGGGUGAGUGAGUUUGUGUUACUGGGCUUCCCAGCUCCUGUACCACUUAGGGUGCUAUUGUUUUCCCUUUCUCUGCUGGCCUAUGUGUUGGUGCUGACUGAGAACACACUCAUUAUCAUGGCGAUUAGGAACCACCCAACCCUCCACAAACCCAUGUAUUUCUUCCUGGCUAAUAUGUCUUUCCUGGAGAUCUGGUAUGUCACUGUCACAAUUCCCAAAAUGCUUGCUGGAUUUGUUGGCUCUGAACAGGGUCGUGGACAGUUAAUCUCAUUUGAGGGCUGCAUGACACAGCUCUACUUUUUCUUAGGCUUGGGCUGCACCGAAUGUGUUCUUCUUGCUGUUAUGGCCUACGAUCGCUAUGUGGCCAUUUGUCAUCCUCUCCACUACCCUGUCAUUGUCAGUGGGCGACUAUGUGUGCAGAUGGCAACUGGAUCCUGGGCUGGAGGGUUUGGCAUCUCUCUGGUCAAAGUCCUUCUCAUUUCUCAUCUCUCUUAUUGUGGACCCAACAUCAUCAACCACUUUUUCUGUGAUGUCUCCCCAUUGCUCAAUCUCUCAUGCACUGACAUGUCCACAGCUGAGCUUACAGACUUUGUCUUGGCAAUUUUUAUCCUGCUGGGGCCACUCUCUGUCACUGGAGCUUCCUACAUGGCGAUUACUGGUGCUGUGAUGCGUAUUCCCUCAACUGCUGGACGCCAUAAAGCCUUUUCCACUUGUGCCUCUCAUCUCACUGUUGUGAUCAUCUUCUAUGCAGCGAGUAUCUUCAUCUAUGCCAGGCCAAAGGCACUCUCAACUUUUGACACCAACAAGUUGGUCUCUGUGCUCUAUGCAGUCAUUGUACCAUUGCUCAACCCUAUAAUUUACUGCUUGCGUAAUCAAGAAGUCAAACGAGCCCUACGCCGUACUCUGCACCUAUACUGGGGUCAGGAUGCUAACCCCAAGAAAGAUAGUAGAGAGGGAUAA